GGAAAAUCAUUACAGAGCAUUCAGAAAUGUGGAGUAACUUUGAGGUAAAAGUGCAGAACCCAAUGAUGAGACUGUAAACUUCGACCUGCAUAGUCCUAAAUGUGGUAUGUUUGGUAAAUUUUUAAUUGAGGUCAAUAUUCCGGCUUGCGGCGAGAGCUCCGUGCUGGCGGCACAGCCGCUUUCCCGCUUCAGCCUGGGACGGAAGACCCUGCUGGGGGCUGGCGUGGCUGUCAUGCUGCUCUUGGUGUUGGUGGUUCUCAUUCCUGUUCUGGUUCAUCUGGCGGGCAGCAGUGAAAACGGAGGUCAGUAUGAGAUGCUCGGCACUUGCCGAAUGAUCUGCGAUCCGUUUUUGGAAAAAACUGGCACUGUGGCCGGUACCGGUACGGGCACGGCUAUAACUAAUACGCAGUUGGAAGCUGAGGCGCUGACUGAUCAUAGCAUGGGACCGCCUUUGCCCACCUAUGCCCACGGACCACAGGGCAAACCCGGCCGCCAAGGAAAAACAGGGCUACCAGGACCUCCGGGACCUCCAGGACCACCCGGAGAGCCAGGUCCUCCUGGACCAAUGGGGCCACCGGGAAAUAAAAACCAGACAGAACGACCGGACAUUGCUCUGGGUGGAAGAACAGCUACCGGAAUGGGGACAGCUGUCUAUACCAUGGGACCCCGUGUGGCCUUUUACGCAGGUCUGCGAAACCCACAGGAGGGCUAUGAGGUUCUGAGGUUUGACGACAUAGUUACAAACAUUGGGAAUAACUACGAUGGAUCGACUGGGAAAUUUGUGUGCAAGUUUCCAGGAACGUACUUCUUCACGUACAAUGUCCUCAUGAGAGGAGGAGAUGGAACUAGUAUGUGGGCGGAUCUUAUGAAAAAUGGACAGGUGAGAGCCAGUGCCAUCGCUCAGGAUCAGAAUCAGAGUUAUGACUAUGCCUCAAACACCGUCAUCCUGCACCUCGACCCCGGGGACGAAAUCUUCAUCAAGCUCGACGGUGGGAAAGCGCACGGCGGGAACAGCAACAAGUACAGCACUUUCGCUGGCUUCAUUCUGUACAGUGACUAGAGGUCAAAAGGUCACUGAAUUCAGUCUCAGUCUGUAGGGUAUUUUCACCUGAAAUUCAACCGCUAUACACUCAUGAGUGAGUCACAAAACACAAAAUAAUUUCUUUAAAGGGUCAAAUGAUUCAUUAUGCCCCUUGAAGGGAAUGGCCCUAUAUGUUUUGUUGUAGUAGUCAUGUGGUUUUAAAGCCUGGAUCCAACGAGAACACAACAGGAAAUGGUUUUCGAUUCUUGAAUCUGCCCCAAAACCUUCAACAGACACACAUGAAAUCAUCCAGAUAGAGCCGGGCUUCAGGGUUUCAUCAGAGUCGUAACCGAACCGAAGCCCAGUCAAGUGAGUGCUGAUAUUUCAUUAUGACGUUGUCUUUGUAUGUAUGAUCAAUCUGUGAAUCUCCACUGAUGUUUAUCAAUGUCUCCGACAUAAUGUGAAGUGAAUGACCUUAAAUGAUACCCUAAAUCUUAAAGAGUGUAUGCCCCUGGUUUUGACUGCUGUAGAAUACACUCCCUGAGAAUCUGUUGCAAAUCAUAGUAGUGCAUCUGUUUGUGAUUGCUGUGUGGAUGUGGAAGUACUAACACAAAUAAAGCUAAGCAUUCAUUUCAGCUCAUAGCUAAAGCUAAACCCAUUCAUUGCUGUUUCUAUCAAUGAAUUAUGAAGUAUGUGGCCCACUAAAAGUAACCACUUAACAAAGGAGAUCUAUAAUACAUUGUAACUGUAACAGUGAUACUGGUUUAUGAUGAUGACGAACACUAUCUUAAAUGAUGUCCUGUAUAUAUCGCAAUCGCCAUGACCUGUAAAAUGUAUCUAAAUGUAACGGCUUAUAGAUAUUUGCUUUUGCUAAUAA